ACGUCACGUAGAUCAUGAUGUAGUUGUCUAGAUGCCUAAUUAAGCUAAUAGUCUACCAGUUUUUCUAAAUGGCUGCUGAUGAGAGGAUUUCAGAUCAACUUAAUGCUUGGAGGUAUCCUGUUUUUACUGUUGGCCCAAAUGAAGAAGCUCUCCAGCGAAGAAUUUUACAGAAUAUAUACCUUGAAAACAUAAAUAUAACAGAUUAUGAUUGGGAUGAACAUUGCUCUACGGUUGAUUCCGUUCUUGAUCAAAUAUUGUUCGGAUUUAAAAAGUAUGCGAGGAAGGAAUAUGAAGGAUUAAUUAUUCAUGGUAACAUAAAGCAGGGAAGUUCAAGAGAAGGUUUGAAAGUAAAUGACGCUUUAGAGUUUGACUGUUUAGUUAAAUUUGAAAUAGAAGGCAUGCAAAUGACAGAAUGCCCGAUCUACGAUUAUUCUGGAGAGCAAAUGCCGGAGUUUAUUAAAUUACGCGUCGACAAUCCAGAAUAUUUGUUAAGAAUCUAUCCAUGGUUGAAACGCUGUAAGAUUUUUACAAAAACAGGAUUUAAUGAUACACAUUGCUAUAUUAAUACAAAAAAUUUACAAGAAAAGGUUUUCAAUGCAUUACUGGACAAAACUCGUGAACAAAUCUAUGAGCGAUUGCCACUUGAAGAUAGAACUGUUUAUAUAUAUCGACGGUCUGUUAAACCACCAUCGUUCCCGAUACGUAUAAGUUUAGACCGGGAAAUAUCAUAUGUUCGCGGUUUGUACAUUAGAAUAGGACGUGAAGGUGCCAAACGCCCGGGCCAAAAGGAAUAUCUUAAGCUUCCAACGUUGGACAUUGAUAUUGUUCCCGCACUGCUAUUGCGUACGGACUACGUUCCAAAUCCGUAUACAGUAAAUAUUGUUAAUGGCGAUAAGGAAAUGACUUGCGCAGUUUAUGGAGUGAUGAAAUGGACACACAGACUGCAUGAAUCUGACCAGACAAUUGAUCAUGAUUAUAUCUGGAGGGAAUCUACAUGUGGAUAUGAAAAACAUAUCAAUGACGUUGGACGCAGAAAUCCAAGUCAACGUUACUUGAUGACAGCAUGUCGUAUUGUUAAAUCGUAUGUCACGUGGAUAAAAUUGAAUCAUCGAGACACAUAUCAGUUACAUUGUGUAGCUGUUUCGAUAUGA